GACCCUUUCGCCGCGGAACCCGCCGGCGCGGCUGCGGCUGCGGCGCGGACCCGGACCCGACCGGUAACGGACCCGGCCCGGCCCCGGCCAUGGCGCGGGACCCGUCCUUCGUGCUGCGCUACCUGGCCGAGGUGGAGGAGCUGGCCGAGGACGUGCUGGCGGCGCGGCAGCAGAUCGUGGAUCUGGACGUGAAGCGGAACCGGAACCGCGAGGCCCUGCGGGCGCUGCACAAGAACCCGGAGCCCGGCGGCAAGGCCAUGGUCUGCUUCGGGAACAUGUUCGUCGAGCUCCCCGCGGCGCAGACCCAGGACAUGCUGCGGAAGGACCAGGAACAUCUGGAUGAGGAGAUAAACAAGCUCCGGAAAGAGCUGCGUGUGAAGGUGAACCGCCUCUAUGAAGCCCAAGGUAAACCUGAGCUGAAGGGAUUUAACCUGAACCCCAUGAGUGCUGAGGAAAUGAAGCUGAUCAAUCGCAUCCUGGAGGGCUGAGGUGGCUGUGCCAUUGUCACCACGUGUAUUCAGGCUGUCACCUCUGCAGCUCACACCACAACAGCCACAUCCUAUGGCCUUUGCUGGAGGAGAUCCAUGUGCCUGGAGCCCGCCUCGCCUGAGGUCCCUGCAGCCAGAGCUGAGGACUGUUUGGCUCCUCACCUACGAGGCUGCAGCUUCCUUGGAUCACAAACCCUUUCCUGCUCCUUCCCACCCCAAGGCAUGGGCUGGGGGACAGCGCUGGGCAGUCACCUGUGGCUGGGGUGGAAGUGGGAUUAUUAAAGUCAGAGCAGUGGGACA